AUGGCUUCAUUCUCGGGAAAAAAAAAAAAAACACUUUUUACGAAAAAAGCUCCCCUUUUCUUUUUCUCCGAGGCGCGCACCUUCUCCCCGCCCCAUUCUUCAUCCUUCUUUCUCUUGGUCUCGUCUUCAUUGUUGGCAUUCUCUAUCAGGCUGUAUCAAGCUUCUCGCGUGGGUUUUCCAUUUGCAUCUCGCCGUUCUCCAGGUUCGCUGUGCAUUCUUGAUCUCGCCGUUUUUCAAGCUUUAUCACGCUCAGAUUCUCGAUCUCAGCGUCACCCAGAGCUUUGUGUUGGCCGUUCUCGCUUAUGGUUCUCCAAUCCAAUGUUCUCCGCGCUUCUCGCUACCGUCUUGUGGAAUAUUGCGUGAGAGAUGAUGGAGAAGAAAGACAUCUUCUGUUAAUACCAGUGUUCCUGACGUGACAUCUUCAUUCUUCUUUCAGCAAAUAUUUUUUUCAACUUUGAGAGAUGAGAGCAAGCUUGUGCUUGCAGUCCCCAAAGCACAACGCAGAGCGAGAAGGGGGGGGGGGUUUCGCUUUUGUAGCUUGACCUUUUGUGGUUGUCUUGCUUUUUAUUUUUGAUUUGUGUUUGGAUGCGGGGUUCAGUGGCGAGACCUCCACAUAAUAUAUUGCAAGUUAAAUGGAUCAUUUUCAUGACCAUGCCAUCCUAAAGUAUUAACAUUUCUAUCACCUUAUGUUGUUCUUUGUACUGAUUUGGUUUGGCUUGCUAUCAUGUCGUGACUGAAAAUUUUUACUUGAUUCAAAAAAGAUAAAUCAAUAAUUUUUAAAAAAUUGAGAUGGGAGACAUGUUUUAUUAUUUUCUGUCUUACCCACACAUCUUUCCUGUAAGUUUUCAAUUUGUUGCUUAAUUUGUAGAAUCUCGACUGGAAGCAGAUAGAGAAGGUAGGAUCCUAAGCUUCCCGUUCGUCUCGACUGUUCCCGCAUGAAACUGCGCCAAAUUGAUUUCCAUCUUCAUCGAUAUUUUCCAAAUUAUUUCUAAUGGAUUUUGUCUUUCGUUCUGAUUAUCUCCUGGGCAAUCGUUAUCAUUAGGACCUCAUUUUCCUUGUCUUUUUACAUAUUUUACAUUGGCUUAGUUUUAUGCAGCAACAAUGAUUUGCUUUGGGUGCUUGGCACCUUUACUACUAUGCUUUCCCAUUUAUUAGAUUUUAGAUUUUAAUCUUACAUAUCCCCUGUUUAAAUUUUAGUUGGUAUUAGCUUGAAAGGAUGAGGGCUUUUUUUUCAGACCAUAAUGUCCAUAGUGAUGCUACCGUCAUUGAAGCUCUGUUUAAUGGUCUGGAUCAUUGUUGGAGGUACAGGUUUUAGGUAUGUUGAGGUGGAAUUAAAUUGUGCUCGGAGUUUUAAUCUACUGAAUAUGGACAUCUCAUUCUCAACAGCGAAUCCACUGCAUGAAGUUUUUUACGAAGCUAGGAAUACAGUUAUGAGAGAUUGGGGAUUUUUUUUUGUUAUACUCUUGUACUGACAGUGGUGACCAAAUUACAGAGGUUGUUAGAAUAGGUUUACAUAGCCUUGAUCAUCUUGGUGCCUUGUAUCAUCAAUCCUCUUUGGCCUUUGCUUUAAGGAAGGAAUAGAUUGUGAAAGGCAUUAAUCUUCACCCUUUGUAUUUAUAUUUACUUGUACAAUUUCUGCUAAUAUAUGCUCCAUUUUCCAUUAAGAAAAAAAUAAGGUACUUCUCUCUCGCCCUUUUCUCUUCGCCUAUGCUUUCCUGCUGGUCAAACAACUACAAUUCCUGCCAACUAUUAUGCUGCUACAUAAAUGCAAUUUGUAUUCUUCUGCCUUCCAUAAAAGCCAUUUUCCCACAGUGAGGUUUUCGAGGACUUCUUUUCAUUUAUUGAUUUAGGAUACUAUGUAUGCCUUUUCUUUUGUGUAAAUUAUGUACACCAUUUUUGGGAUAUGAAUUCUUAAUUUUAAUGUGGUUUAAACUUAUUGUUAGGUUUGUUAAUA